UCAAGGAUUUCUUGUUAAUGGUUUUUUUUUGCCUUUGCCAAUGUUAUCAAUUUGGACAUUAUUCAGUUGGUGAUCGUCCAAGGCGCAGUACCAGUCGGUGCAAAGAAUCAGGUUCCAACGUUUAAGUCGAUAGAUAAUUAACAAAGUGCAUAUUCCAUUUCAAAUAUCCGGAUUCUCCUGUUGCUGGGAAAUAGGCUAUCUCCAAAUUGCAUAUAUAUAUUAUUAGGGGAAUCCCCGUGGAUGUCAACCUCGUACCUAAAAUUUUGAUAUCUGACUAGUUAACAAUAUUGUUUUAUACUAUAACAUCAUGACGACGAGGAAUGAAGGAAACGUUAAAAUUUGCAGUUGCUGUGGCAAAUAUGAUGAGGUACAUUUCGAGGUGCACAAACAAAGUGUACAACAUGCAUUUAACUUUACACUAAAGUCAUUCCACAAGUACAAGAAACCUCUUGUCAAGGAUCGUCAUGGAUUCAAUAUAACAUGCAGUCUUCUUGGGGAGAAAGAGACAACAAGCUACGAUGGCAGAAAGGGAAGGUUCACAGUUAAACUCACGCCAGAGAGAUUCAACUUACGCUCAAAGACUUUGAAGUUUUUAUUCAAACUGAAUAAUAGUUCUGGUUGUGAUAGUGAGUAUGUGGUGACUAUGCUGCAUCCGCAUAGGUAUUUCUCAGUGGAAGAAAAGUCUGGCCACAAUAUAUUGAUUCUACCAAAGGGUGAGACUCGCUCCAGCACAGUCACAAUCAGUGAGGAGGACAUUGAUGUGGGUAGUUUUAAAAUGCCCAUCAAGUUUACUAUAAAUACGCACCAGGAAGGCGUAUGUGAUUUCGAUAUCUACAGGGAAAUUGUAAUUUAUAUAAACGAGGAAGCUCAAGAGGAUGACACCACAUCCAAAUCGUUCCAAUCCAUCCAGUGGUCAAAUAUUGACAAAGAAAUACCAUCUUUAAAAAGUUCAAACAUUAGCUCAGUUUAUUGUAUUCCCGAAGACAUAGAGAAGAUUUUAAAACAUGGACUCGUUCAGAGCGGAAAUCUCACAACCAAAGAGGAACUGGAUAGGUGUGAUAUUGUUCAGGUGUUGAAUAGAUUGAGCAGGGAAAAUUAUCGGAAUUACUUCCACUAUCUGCUGUGGUUGGACGAGACGGCAUCCGCUUUAGGACUGAUGCAUUACAACAUGUCCAACGUGACGAUGGUGGCGAAAAAACACUUACUGAUACUUGAGAUUCCGGGACUGGCAGAGAAGAGACCGUCGGUGAUCGUCGGGGAUAUCAUCAAAAUCCGGCUACACAAUGAUCACAAAGUUUUCAGCGGGAUGGUCGCGAACGUGAACGAUCAAACAGUGAUAAUCGACCACGUUCACCAUGCGUUCGUUGACUUCAUCAAGAAACAUGAUAAUAUUGAACUGGACGUAUCGUUCACGUUGAGUCGUUUACUUUACGAGAGGAUGCAUAACGCCGUGCACAAUUGUGCAAAUAAAAUGGACAUCUUGUUUCCAGUGAUUAAAGAUGCGAUUAAAAUGGACAUAGAGUUUCCAAUGAUUCCAGGUGCGAAUAAUAAUACGACGACUAUACCGAGGCUUUCCAGAGAUCUAUUAUUUCAAAAGGAUAUAAUUGGUAGUAAUCAUGAGCAGAGAUGCGCCGUCGAGAACAUUCUGGCUGGUAGUUCAGGUAUAGCUCCGUACAUUAUAUACGGUCCACCAGGAACCGGCAAAACUGUGACCAUAGUUGAGGCUAUUUUACAAAUAACACGAAAGUAUCCGAAGAGAAAGAUCUUGGUUUGCGCCUCGUCGAAUCGCGCUUGCGACAUGCUGACAAUGAAGUUAGCAAAUUUCUGCUCCACCAAAGAAUUGUACCGUGUCCAAUCAACUAAUAGUCGACCAGGGAAUACGAUCGACGAGACUGUACGCAAUUACAGUAAUAUGAUUGACGAUACUUUCACGAUGGUCACAAGUAAGGACUUGAUGAAAUACAACAUUGUAGUGUCCACUCUACAUUUAAUUGGAAAAUUUAAGGUGGGGUACAAUCCUGAUCAUCUGUUCAUCGAUGAGGCCGCUCAAGCCACAGAACCGGAGACCUGCAUUCCCAUCGGAAUUCUGCAGGGCGUUUCGCAAGUGGUGCUCGCUGGAGAUCCUAAACAGUUGGGACCUGUGGUAUCCUCGCAAGUGGCAAACCGCUAUGGCCUGGCUGUUUCUUUAAUGGAUCGUUUAAUGAAAGAAAACCCAUUGUAUAUGCCUUUGAGGAAGAGACCCACGCUGAGGUAUAACGAGCGGUUCCUCACCAUGUUGUUGCAGAACUACAGAUCGCACAGUGAUAUCAUCCACAUUCCAAACAAACUCUUCUACGGCAAUUCCCUGCAGCCUAUGCCAAUUACCGCAGACCAGUUAAGUUCUUACUGCGUGUCUGCGCGUGUGUGCUGUAAUUCCGGCAACCGCUGGAAACCGUCUUCGGUGGAAUUUUGCGGAGUAUCCUCGAAGGAGGAACGGAACGGCAGCUCGCCGAGUUACUUCAAUUCGGCGGAGAAAUACAUGGUCGUGAAGUACGUCAAGUGUUUGCUGACGACGUUGAAGGAUCAAUUCGAUAUCAAACCGAGCGACAUCGGAAUCAUAUCACCUUACAUUCGACAAGUGCACAAGAUCCGUAUGGCUCUAGAGAAUUGCGAAAUUAAGGGCGUCGAGGUGGGCACAACCGAGACCUUCCAAGGAUCCGAGAAGAGGAUCAUCAUCAUAUCGACGGUUCGAGCUCAACAUUCCCUAUUGAAGUUCGACUCCAAAUACAAGCUGGGUUUCGUGAACAACGAGCGUCGCUUCAACGUUGCCAUCACCAGGGCGAAAUCCAAACUCAUCAUCGUCGGAAAUCCCACCGUUCUUGGAUACGACAGGCGCUGCUGGAGCGAGUUAAUCGAGUACACGGAAGACAUGGGCAGUUACUUCGGUGCACCGUACAUGCCGAGAAACGAAUUCACCCGCAGGGAGAUAAUUAAACGGAUCAAGAAUUUGAAAGCUUAAAUGCAAACAGGAUAACGAUAUGAUUUAUUUACAUAUCACGUGAUUUUAUCUUAAGUUUCCCCCCACAACCUCUUUACGACAAUACUACUACUACUAAAUACGACAUUAAGAUGUAUUUAUUUCAGAAAUACGAUCUCUUCAUACGGAUGCAUACUAUUGUUAUUAAUUAGGACCGUUCUUCCAUUUGCAAUACGCAAAAGAAACUUGCGUAAUACCAAUUGGACACAACGUAAUUUUAUUUGAUUGUUUAUUAAUGUUGUUACAAGAUUUUAAAUUUUAGAAAGAAAAUAGUUACCGUUAAAUAUGUAUGUUACACGAAGAAGAGUUUAUUUCGCAAAUACUUUAGGAAAUGUAAAUGUUAUUUUUAUACUACUUAGCUUUAAUUAUUCAAUAAGUAGAUCGGUUUAAUAUAUGAUGAUUUUUGUGUGCCGGUUAUACAACGUUAAAUGUCUGUUGUACUUAAUGUUAACGAAAAAAAUAACCGUUCAUAUUUUACUGUGCCACUGUCUACAGUGUAGUAGACUCUACACUGAGCGUGCAUUUUCAUCGAACUGACAAAUAUAAAUGUUGAUUAUAUAUUAAACAGUUUUAAGAUCAA